AAGAAUUAUUGUGCACAGGGUGCCUACGGCACUUUCUUUGUCUGCGCCGGUGUAUCCACCCCAUUGACAGCUAGGACUAUCGGACCAACUUUCAUCUCUAGCAGCGCACAACACGAGUAAAGGCUCAGCUCAGCCCACAGCUCGUAGGACUCACUUCCCACUCCCGAAGGUGACGACAACGGCGCUUGCAUAAUGAAAAUCUGGACGUCGGAGCAUAUUUUUAACCAUCCUUGGGAGACGGUUACGCAGGCGGCGUGGCGCAAGUACCCCAACCCGAUGACACCCUCCAUCAUUGGCACGGACGUGGUCGAGCGGCGGGUGGUGAACGGAGUGCUGCACACGCAUCGGCUGGUGCAGUCCAAGUGGUACUUCCCAAAGUGGACGCACGCCCUGAUUGGCACGGCAAAGACUUGCUUCGCCAGCGAACGAUCCACGGUCGACCCAGAGCGCAAGCAGAUGGUUCUAAAGACAAAUAACCUCACAUUCUGCCGGAACAUCAGCGUCGAUGAAGUACUCUACUACGAGCCGCAUCCGGCGGACGCUAGCAAGACUCUGCUCAAGCAGGAGGCCACGGUGACAGUGUUCGGAGUCCCACUGUCCCACUACAUGGAGGACCUCCUUACAUCGACGAUCAGCACCAACGCGGGCAAGGGUCGGCAGGGCCUGGAGUGGGUGAUCGGGCUUAUCAACACAGAGGUCAAAGGGAUCGCCCGUGGCACAGACGAACUCCUUCACAGCACGCGGCGCUCCAUCGAUGAAGUCACGGAGAGCGCUCGCAAAAGCAUGGAUGAGAUCAGCGCGCAGGCCGCCAAGGCGGCGAAGGCUAUGCACAUAACAUAGGUGCUGAGUAGGCGACAGUGCAUGGUCGCGCGGAGGCUGUUUAGUAGUGAAUUAUUUUAGAUGGAGCAAGAUCGUCGUUUUAGUACAACAAUUAACCAAUGGCAAGAUGGACAUCUAGCUACAUGUGCGGCUGCAACAACAAAAACUUUUCUCAAGCCAUUAAAUAUAUUUUAUAACAAAUCUUCACCGAACGAUCCGGCUAACUGUUAUGGCUGGUUGCUUACGAUCCAUAAGUUUAGCCUUUGUCUGGCAGAUUUCGAUGGGACUCACGAUAAUGCUGACACCUAUUUAUGCAGAUUAAUACACAUAAAGUACAAUGUCAAAGUAAGCUUUGUAAGCCGGCGCAGAAAUCUAGGAACGAGAAGAGCAAUUAAACGAGAAAUUUGCCUACCA